UCUGCGCUGGGGCCAAGCGCAGCCCCAGCCCAGAGCCCAGCCCCCUGCCCCAGCCCUCUUGGCCAGUUCCCAAAGCCCACCUCUGCACCAGAGCCCAGCCCAGAUCUGAGACCCAGCCUCGCUCUAGAGCCCAGGCCAGCUCUGGGACCGAGUUUACCUCUAGAACCCCUACCAAUUUCAAGACCAAUCCCAGCUCCGAGGCCGAGCCCUACUCUAGCCUCCAGGCCAGCUCUGAGGCUGAGUUCAUCUCUGCAACCCAAUCCACUUUUGAGACCCAACCCAGCUCAAAGACUCAGCCCUGCUCCAGAGCCCAGGCCAGCCCUGAGACCAAGUUCACCUUUAGAACCCCUACCAGUUCUGAGACCAAGCCCAACUCUGAGGUCAAGUCUUGCUCUAGAACCAAGCUCAGUUCUGAGACUAAGUCUAGCUCUGAGACCAAGCCCUGUUCUAGACCCCAGGCCAACCCUGAGACAAAGUUCAUCGCUAGAAUGCAAUUUAGUUCUGAGACCCAACCCAGCUCCAAAACCCAGCCCUUUCCUAGAACCCAAGACAGCUCUGAAGCUAAACCAAGCUCCAAAAUCAAGUUAAGGUCAGAAUCCCAGAUAAGUUUUAAGACACAGCCUAGCUCUGAGAUCAAUCCCAGUUCUGGAAGCCAGCCCAGAUCUAUGACCAAGCCCUUCCAUAAAACUCAGUCUGAUGCUGGAACUCAAGACAACCCCAUGACUCAGCCGUAUCUAGACACCCGGUCUAGCUCAGGAACUCCCAUUAAUUCUGGAGCCCAGUUCAGACUCCAGAAACAGUCCAGCAACAGUAGCCACACCAGUUCAGGAUUGGAAGAUGGCUCCCAAACCCAACCCUGCUCACGAGCCCAGAUGCAUGCUGCAGCUCAGUCCAGACCCAGAUCCCAGCCCUGCUCUAAAACCCAACUGCACUCAAGUACCCACCCCCAUCCUGGGGCCUGGUCCGCUUCCAGUGAUGAGUCCAGCUCAGAGACUGAGUCCAGUUCUAGACCCCACCCUAGUGCUAUAACCAGGCCCAUCUCCAGAAUUCAGACAAGCUCUGGAACCCCAUCCAUUUCUGAGGCAAGGCCUGCCUCCAGAGCUCAGCCUGAUGCCGAGCCCCGCUCUCACUGCGGAACGCAGACCAGCUCUAGAAUGCCAUCUAACUCUGGGACCCAGCACAAUUUUAAGACCUGGGCAAUUUCCAGAGCUCAGUCCAGCUCAGGCGCUCCACCCAGCUGCAGAACUCAACUCAAUUCUGAAGCACAGACUGGGUCUGAAAUCCCUUCCAGCUCCCAAACACAGUCAGUUGCUGAGACCCCACUGAGUUCCAGAAUCCAGCUAAACUCUGGAAUCCAGUCUAGCCUUGGGACCCAGACCAAUGCAGCAACAGAUGUAAUCUCCACAAAUCUGUCUAGCUCUGAAAGCAGGCCCAGCUCCAGGACCCAGACUUGUUCAGGAGCUCAAUCAACUUCUGGGACUCAGCUCAUCUCGGAAACCCUACCAAGUUCUAGAUACCAGCUCCAGGCCACAGCCCAAGGCAGCUCUGGUAUUGAGCCGGACUUUGGGAAGCAGACCAGCUCUGGAACUCAUCCAAGCUCUGGAGCCCAGUUAAGUUCAAGAAUUCACUCCAUCUCUGGAACCCAGCCCAGCUCCACGAUUCACUCCAGCCCUGAGACACAGGCCAACUUGGAAACCCAGAGUGAUUCCAGAACCCAGCCUGUUUCUGAAACCCAGCCUGGCUCUAGAACCCUGAUCAGUUCUGGAACGCAACUCAGACCUGAGACCCAGCCCACCUCAGAGACUGAGCCCAGUGCAAGAAUUCAGCCCACCUCCAGGAUUCAGCUCAGCCCUGUGACCCAGCCCAAGCCUGGAACCCAGAGCAGUUCAAGAACUCAGCCCAGCUCUGAAACUUACCUUAGUUCCAGAACCCAACCUGUUUCUGGAACCCAGUCCAGCUCCAGAACCCAGACCAGCUCAAAGAUCCAGCUCAGCUCUAGAAAUGGACUCCACCUACAGAUCCCUCGCCUUGACCCUAGAACCGAGGCUGAUCUCACUCCCCCAGCCCAACAUCAGCCCCUAGGCCCACCACGCAGAGCCCCGACUCUGGCCCCUAGCACAGUGUCUCAGCCACGGCCCCAGCCCCAUGAUCUGGUACAUGGAACGCAGGCCAACAUUGUCCUGGGCCGAAGCUCACCAACUUCCCACCUGGCCCCACAGCCACAGACCCCGUCAGCCCCUCAGAAACCAGUCCUCUUCCCCAAGCCCCAGCUAGGACCCCAGAAGUCCACUCCACCCACCACAUCUGUCAUCUCUAGUUCUGCCCCCAGGGUGGCCCUCCUGCAUUCCCAGACCCCUGAAUCCCUAGCCCAGAGGCCUGUUCCCUCCCACACGCUCAAGGAGUCAGGGCCUGCUCCUUGGGGGUCAGAGCCCCUCCCCUACCAAGGGGAGCUGUAGCUUGAGGGUGACACGGUUUUGGCUUCCAUGAUCCCCCCAUCCUGUCUCUGGCCCCUCCCAGCCUGGGUCCCCUGGAAGCAGCAGGUGACCUCACUCCCCCAGCAGGUAGGGGUGGGGAGAGUAGGGAGAGUGGAAACAGGGGCUCUAUUUUCACUUGGGCCUGGCUCUGGGAGGUGUAAGCAGAUCCUAGGUCUGUGGAGUGGAAAGCUGGGUGUGUGGGGGGGGCAUGGGGGCAGGAGGUGGAGAAAUGGGGGGCAGGAGGUAAUCUUGUCCUCAUGUACCUUGAGGGCUCAUGGGGAAUAAAGGCACCUUUCCCUGCA